GGGGUGUGGGGCCCCCGCCCCUGCUCGUGGUUGGUAGGCUGGCGCGCGCGCAGGAGUUUCGUAGUGCGCAAGGGCCGCCGGGGCCUGCCGCGCACGUCUUCGGCAGGGCGCGCGGUUUGUGGCGUUCUGCCAGCCCUGCUGUUGUUGCCUGGCCGCCCGCGGCUGGCGCCGGGCCUGUGUGCCCGUUAAUCCGACCGCCGUGUUAUAGUGUUCAUUGACGAAGAUGCGGUUUCGCUGAUGGAUGUGGCUCACCCAUGGCCCCGUUUAAGCAGGCCGGCUGCUGCGAGUAUCUUGUGUGCAUGCUUCGGCAAGGCACCACAAGUGUGAUUGGCGGUUGGCGUCGCCACCAGUUAAAUGAACGCACUCUCUCAGUCCGAU